AUGGGCCGCCUUCCCCGGACGCGCCCGGGUGAGUCGCCGCCGCGCAGGGGCGCGCCGAGGAGCCGCCUGCGAGGGAAAAACUCCCGCCGGAAAGCGCCCCGAGAGUCUCGCCUGCCCAGGGCGCGCCGGAUAGUCGUCGCCCGCCCAAACGCGCUGGUGAUCGUCGCCUCCCAGGACGCGCCGGAGGUCGUCGCCUGCGCAGGACGGCCGGGGAGCCGCCUGCGCAGGAAAACUGCCUCUGCCUCCCAGACUUUUCCGGAGGAGCUGCCUCCGAGGAAACCCGGGGGGCUGCCGCCCAGGGGCACCCGGAGGAGCUGCCCGCCGAGGAAACCCCCGGGGGACUGCCCGCCCAGGAAACGCCCAGGAGCUGCCUGCCGAGGAACGCCGGAGGAGCUGGCCCGCCAGGACUUGCCCCAGGGCUGCCGCCGGGGCUUGGGCCCGGGGGAGCGCCCGCGAGGACACCCGGAGGGGCUGCCCGCCCAGGAUUGCCGGAGGAGCUGCCUGCCGAGGACUUGCCGGAGGAGCGCCCGCCCAGGGCUUCGGAGGAGCUGCCUGCCGAGGAUUGCCGGGGGACUUCCCCGGCCGGCCUCCCCAGGAGCUGCCUUUCCCAGGCUUUCCGGAGGGGCUGCCUGCCGGGGGGAAACCCCCGGGGGAAACGGCUCCGAGGCACCCCGGGGGAUGCCUGCCGAGGACACCCCCGGGGGAGCCCGCCUGCCGAAGCCAUCCCGGAGGGGCUGCCUGCCCAGGAACCCCGGGGGAGCUGCUGCCGAGGAGACCCCCCGGGGACUACCGGGGGUAGAGGGACGGUGGAGGGCGACGGGGGCCCCCAAUCCCACAGAAGGGGUUUUGGUGCGCUGUUUUACCUGUUGCCCCUUUGUAGCAAGGUUUGGCAAUGGGGGAGGGCCCAACCCAAAAACUCCGACCUCUAGGGCAGGGGAAAAACGCAACCAGUCUCCCACUAGAAAGGGUCAAAACCCUCCAUCCCCGGGCCCUCCCAACGAUCUCUCCAGGGGAUUCUCUAGUCCUCCUUCAGGGCACAUAUCAGAAUAUCAUUCCCCUGAAAAGGGGUUCAAUACCAUGCAAAAGCAGCUUUGGGGAGGCAAAAACUAUCUUCCACUUAACCUGGGGGAAACCCUGACUUUUGGGGGGCUUUCCUUAAAGGUAAUUAAACCCCCCUACCCAAAUUGUUCGGCCCCACCCCUGAAAAACACCCCGGGCCCCGGGAAGCCUCACCCUUACACAGCCCAGGUAGCGGAGCCCCUACCUGCACAGGCACGGGCCCCCCGACCCCUGCCCCAGUCACGGGAAACCCUAAAGCGUACCCCUCUGAGCACCCCUGACCCCCCAACCUCCCACCCAGCCCUUACUAAACCCUCUGGAACCUUCACUGUGACGGGGGGCUGGAGGCCUCAGGGACGGAAACCGCUACAGACCCCAAAGCAUUACGGGCACCCGGGUUCUUCAGAAAAUCCCCCAAAGUACCAGUACUUGAUCGAUACGAAAUUGGCUCAAAAUUAA